AGUAUAGAAAAUUUUAGAAGCCAGGAAAAGUAGUAGUGGGAUGAUCACCAAAGAGGCUCCAAGAGAUGUAAUAGAUGUUCUUCUAAAUGACACAAGUGGUCAAUUAACAGAUGAUCUAAUAGCUGAUAACAUUGUAGAUAUGAUGAUCCCAGGAGAGGAUUUAGUUCCUGUUCAUUUGACUCUUGCAGUGAAAUAUCUCUCAGAUUGUCAUGAUGCCCUACAACAGUUACUGGUUUGUGGAAAUUAUGGCUCCUGUCUUUUCUCGAAAAGCUUGGCGGUGUGUAUGGCACAUGAUUCAGGUAUAUUGAGAUGAUUUCUUUGGAGCAAUUCUUGACAACAUUUGUAGUUGAGGCCUUUAGAAUGGAAGAAUGUAUUUCACUAAUUUUUGUGUACAUUUCUUGUUUUGUAUUUAGUGAUAAAGGAAUCUAAAUUGGGCAUAAAUUAUGUUGUAAUAUGAUUUCUUAAGCCUAGACUAGUAGACUAAAUAUUGUAAUUACAUUUUGAGUAAUUAAUAAAAAUCUAUUUAUGUUA